AGGUAGGAGUGUGGGAUGACGGGGAUGAAGGACCAAAGUAAAACAACUCCAUACCUUGAGGACCAUUUUGUUCUUUUCUCAAAAAAUCUCCUCUCCCAAAAAGAUUUGCCAUCAUCUUCCUUCCCUCUCAUCUUGCAACACAAAAAACCAGAAAACACUUUGCUACUUCAUCUUCUUCACCACCACCCACCCCCACUCCCUGUUCCAUUGAACAACAAAGCUUUUUUCUUUGCUCAAACAAUGACAAUUCUAGCAAUGUCACUACCAAAACCCAAUCUUUUCUCUAAUCUCCCCACUAUCCCACCCCCUACCCACAACCCCAACUCAACCCCACUACCCCAACCACCCAUCCCCAUACCCAAAUACCCAAAGAAAAAAAAACCCAAUUCCUCAAAACCGGAAAAAAACCCGGUUCCAGCUUUCAAAACCCACCACCAAAACUCCAAAUACCACAAACCGGUUAAACCGGGUCAAGUCAUCACCGAAGACGGCGACCGUUCCGUCGUCGUUAAAGAUUCCGGCGUUUCAUAUCGUCUCCCUGGUGCCCCUUUUGAUUUCCAGUUCAGUUACUCUGAAACUCCGAAAGCUAAACCGUUGGCUAUUCGUGAACCGGCUUUUUUGCCUUUUGCUCCUCCUACUAUGCCUAGACCGUGGACAGGGAAAGCACCCAUGAAGAAAUCUAAGAGAAAUAUUAAGCUUUUUGAGCCAUUGUAUCCUCAAAUGGAGAGUGAUGAUGAUGGGGGUAAGCGCUAUGAAAUGUUGAGGGCAUAUGAGCUGGGGAUGUUUGAAGGAAAGCCAAAGAAGGUGUUGGGUCCCCCAUUGACAAAGAUGGAAAUUCAAGAGCUUUUGAAAGAUUGUAUAGCUAGUAAUCGACAAGUUAACAUUGGUCGGGAUGGAUUGGUACAUAACAUGUUAGAGUUAAUACAUACUCACUGGAGGAGGAAUCCUGUUUGUAAAGUUCGAUGCUUAGGAGUCCCUACUGUUGAUAUGAACAACCUAUGCCAAUGCCUCGAGGAGAAGACUGGCGGAAAGAUCAUACAUAGAGUGGGUGGUGUAGUUUAUCUCUUUCGGGGAAGGAACUAUGACCAGCGUACACGUCCAAAGUACCCACUGAUGUUAUGGAAACCAGCUACACCAGUUUACCCGAAACUUAUACAGGAAGCACCAGAAGGAUUGACCAAAGAAGAGGCUGAUGAAUUACGAAUCAAGGGAAAGAAGCUACCCCCUAUCUGUAAAUUGGCGAAAAAUGGAGUCUACCUUACGCUAGUGAGAGAUGUGAGAAGUGCCUUUGAAGCUUGUCCACUGGUGAAGAUUGAUUGCCGGGGUAUGCAUGCAAGUGAUUAUAAGAAGCUAGGAGCUAAGUUAAAGGAAUUGGUCCCUUGUGUGCUAUUGUCAUUCGAUGAUGAACAGAUAUUGAUGUGGAGAGGAAAAGACUGGAAACCUAUGUACGGAAAUGCCCCUCCGGUUGUGUCCUCCAGAAUUGAUGCUGUUGCAGAUGAAAUAAAUACUUCAGGACGCUCAGACACUGCCAAAGAUUAUUCCAACGCACACUCUAGAACAAGGAGCACAAGCCCUAAAAUGAUGUCCCUGUGGAAGAAUGCUAUUGAUUCAGGCAAGGCAUUAUUGCUAGACGACAUUGAUCUAAAACCUGAUGAUCUCUUGAACAAGGUGGAGGAAUUCGCUAGCAUUUCCCAGGCCAUAGAGCACACAUAUCCCGCUCUGGUUUUAUCCAAUAAACGUGCCCCUGAACAGUCAGGACUGAUGUGGAGAGGCAGUUCCGAUGAUGACAAUGACAGCGACGAUGAGAUCAGUGAUGAUGAUCAUGGAGAUAAAUAUUACAUUAACAACUCAUUUGAAGCAUUAGAGUCAACAGUUCCUAAAGGAUUAUUACCAGUUGACUUAAUAGUAAAGGAGUUCAGUGAUGAUGAGUAAAUAAGUUGAAAGGAAAUGAAGGUGAAAAUAGGAAAUAAUGUAACCAAAAUAGGAAGUCUUAUUUAAUUUUUUUUCCUGUUUAUUUUGAUAUUUAUCUGUAUAGUUGUAUACUGUA